GGUAGUGUCAUGGAUUAAAAUCCUAUAAAUGUACUGCUUCAGUAAAGUAAAAAUGUGUGAUUCCCAUUCCUUUCACCUACGUAUUUUUCUUAUAUCUCUGUCCUAAAUAUUUCUGUUUAUACCAUAAACCAACAAACUGGUAUCACAGCAUUCUUCUUACGGGGCCUGUGAAAAUGGAAGGUGAAGCAAGUCUCUCACAAAUUGCUCCGCCCACCUUUGAUGGAGAAAACUAUGACCUUUGGGCAGUUAAAAUGGAGUCUUAUUUGGAGGCAUUGGACCUUUGGGAAGCCGUGGAAGAGGAUUACGAAAUUCCUCCGCUGCCAAACAAUCCUACCAUGGCUCAAAUAAAAUUGCACAAGGAGAAAAAAACAAGGAAGGCAAAGGCAAGAUCAUGUCUCUUUACUGGUGUUUCAUCAAUAAUCUUCACCAGAAUCAUGACUCUCAAAACACCAAAAGCAAUUUGGGACUAUUUAAAGGAAGAAUACGCAGGGGAUGAGAGGAUUCGAGGCAUGCAAGUGCUCAACUUGAUGAGGGAAUUCGAGAUGCAGAGAAUGAAAGAUUCUGAGACAAUCAAAGAAUACUCUGACAGGUUGCUUUCUAUUGCAAACAAAGUUAGAUUACUCGGCACUGAAUUCACUGAUUCUAGAAUUGUGGAAAAAAUUCUAGUUACAGUGCCAGAGAGAUAUGAAGCAUCAAUAACUACUUUGGAGAAUACGAAGGAUCUGUCCAAAAUCACCUUAGCAGGAGUGUUACAUGCCUUGCAGGCCCAAGAGCAGCGAAGGCUUAUGAGACAAGAUCACGUGGUUGAAGGUGCUUUACCAGCCAAGCAUCAUGAAGUUGGAAGUAGUCAAAGUGACGUCAUCAUGAUCCUACUCCCAAACUCUCCAGAAUUCGUGUUCUCCUUUUGGGCUGCUUCUAUGCUUGGUGCAGUUUCCACCACUGCCAACCCUUCUUACACCUCCGUUGAAAUCACAAAGCAGCUCAAAGCCUCCAAGGCCAAAAUCGUCAUUACACGUUCCAUGCACGUGCACAAGCUCAAACAAGAAGAAGAAAACACCUUUAUAGUGAUAACUGUAGACAAACCACCAGAGAACUGCAUGAGUUACUCGGUGGUUUCCAGCAUGGAAGGGAAGCUGCCGGAGGUGGAUAUCGACCCUGACGACAUGGUGGCACUGCCAUUUUCCUCCGGCACGACGGGGCUGCCGAAGGGUGUGGUUCUGACACACAGAAGUCUGAUAACAAACGUGGCUCAACAAGUUGAGGGAGAGAACCCUAACUUGCACCUGAAGGAAGAGGAUGUAGUGCUUUGCGUUCUACCAUUGUUUCACAUUUACGCACUACACUCGGUGAUGUUGUGCUCUAUGAGAGUAGGGUGUAGGGUGUUGCUUAUGGAGAAGUUUGAGAUGAGGGUGAUGUUGGAGCUUGUGGAAAAGCACAGGGUUUCGGUUUUGAUGGCAGUACCGGCUUUGGUGGCGGCACUUUCAAAGAACCCCGCGGUGGAGGAGUAUGACCUUAGGUCCAUGCGGAUGGUGAUGUCGGGAGGUGCCCCACUUGCAGAGGAUAUUGAGGAGGCUUUUCAUAGUAGAUUGCCUCAAGCAAUCCCUCGACAGGCUUUAGGAAUGACAGAAUCAGGACCCGUAAUAUCAAUGUCAUUAAGUUUUGCAAAGAAUCCAAUGACAACCAAGUUAAGGUCAUGCGGCACUGUUAUUAGAAAUGCGGAGUUGAAGAUCAUUGAUCUUUUGACUGGCUCUUCUCUCUCUUAUAAUACUUCGGGUGAGAUUUGCAUCCGCGGUCAACAGAUUAUGAAAGGAUACUUGAAUGAUGAGAGGGCCACAGCAGAAGCUAUUGAUGAAGAGGGUUGGCUUCAUACCGGUGAUAUUGGCUAUGUUGAUGAUGAUGAUGAGAUUUUCAUUGUUGAUAGACUCAAGGAACUCAUCAAAUUUAAAGGCUUCCAGGUGGCUCCGGCAGAACUUGAAGGAAUUCUCAUGAGCCACCCUUCCAUUGAAGACGCAGCUGUUGUCCCGCAAAAAGAUGAUGUAGCGGGUGAAGUUCCAGUUGCUUUUGUGGUGAGGUCAUCAAAUGAUCCUAUUACUGAGGAUGCUAUAAAGGACUUUAUAGCUAAACAGGUAGUGUUUUACAAGAGGCUACAUAGAAUAAUUUUCAUUGACGCAAUCCCAAAAUCUUCAAUCGGCAAGAUAUUAAGAAAAGAACUCAAAGCAACCCUAUCUAAUUAG